CGGCAAUAUGGCGGCCAACGCGAGCACCAACCCCUCACAGCUCCUGCCGCUCGGUGGGCAGUGCUGCCGGCGGGCUCUCGCGCGGGCUCGGGCGCUGGGGUGGCGGAGGGAGGAGGGCUGUGACCGUGGUGGGAGAGGCCGUAACAGGGGAGCUUGUGGACAAAUGUAUAGGUUCUCGCAUUCAUAUCGUGAUGAAGAGCGAUAAAGAAAUUGUUGGAACGCUUCUAGGAUUUGAUGACUUCGUCAAUAUGGUGUUAGAAGACGUUACAGAAUUUGAGAUCACGCCUGAAGGCAGAAGAAUCACAAAACUAGACCAGAUUUUGCUAAAUGGAAAUAACAUAACAAUGCUGGUUCCCGGAGGAGAAGGACCUGAAGUAUAAACUGAUACAGAUGUCAUCUAUGAAGACAUGUUAUGUAUCAUCUAAAUAGAGCUUUGGGGGUCUGGGUGAUUUUUUUGUUUGUUUGUUUAUUUACACACUUGCAGUUGACAUUUGAUAAAAGGCAAAGAUUUCCUUUUCAGGAAAGGUGCAUUGCUAACGCUGACUUUGUAAGUUGAAAUCAUGACUUUCUUGUAAAGAUGUACUAAUUUGCUCAGAAUAAAGGCUUUUGUUUUGUUAAGUA